AUUUAUGUAAAAAGUUAAUUUCGAGAAGAAAUCCGGUACUUCCCAUUGGGAAAUUUCCGUCUCUUGUACUACCCAGCAGUGCGAUAAUGUCACACUCCAAUUUCAAACUUUUAGCUCUAAAAGUGGUCGCGGUCGCUUACGAGAGGUGGUCUUCCAAAUAAAGUGAUUUGACUUGGAAACUUUUGGUAUUUUGGAAAACUGGUUGCUGAGGAGAGGUGAUCGCAACCGGAAGUUCGACUGUAUGUAAAUGAUAACUGGAGAUAACCAAAAAAUAUAUAUAUUGUAAGUAUUUUGGGGAGUCAUUCAUGAAUUAAAAUCACGGUGAUUUGAGAGCCGUAGUUCGAUCCAUUUGGCCACAAACUGGUGUAUUCCACCCGGUACCCCACUCUAUUCCUCUCUACCUUUCCCUGUCGCCAGAGUAACCCACCCCCCACCCCCGACCCUACCGACGAACCCUCCCAUACACCUAUUACAAAGGACGAGCGGGCACUGGAUUCGACAACCGACCUUUCGCAAGAAGCAGCCGGAAAAAUGGCAGUUCACCACGUUGGAAGAAUGAGGUAGUUUUAGAAAGACAUCUUAAUUGGAAAGUGAUGGCACUUAAAGUACCCAAGUCAAAGGUCGAACUUCAUGUUCACCUUGAUGGCGCAGUAAGGAUACAGACCAUUAUUGACUUGGCCAAGAAGAAACAAUUCAAGUUGCCAUCUUUCGAAAAGGAAAAAUUACAAGAUCUUGUGUCUGUUAGUUUGGAUAAACCGUCAUCUCUGAGAGGCUUUCUAGGAUGUUUUCAUAUAUUCCUCCCGCUCAUUGUAGAUGAUGCGGCAGCGAUGGAAAGAAUAGCCUAUGAAUUUUGUGAAGACCAAUCAUUGUGUGGUGUGCUAUACUUUGAAGUUCGCUACAGUCCUCAUCUGCUAUGCACAACAGAUCUUGAGCAACCAGAGGAAAAGCUUGUGUCACCAAGAGAUAUAGUGGAAGCAGUGAAUAGAGGCUUAAAAAGAGGAGAGCAUGACUUUGGGGUUAUUGCACGGUCCAUUCUUUGUUGUAUGAGACACAUGCCUGAUUGGUCAUUAGAAGUUGUUUCUCUCUGUCAGGAGUUUGCCGAUGAUGGAGUUGUAGGAAUCGAUCUUGCGGGUGACGAAUCACUUGGAGAGAUUCCUGCCAUGAAGGGACAUGUUAUUGCUUUUAAGGAAGCCAGAAGACUGAACAUUCACAGAACAGUCCAUGCUGGAGAGGCUGCUCCAGCUGACAGUGUAAAAGAAGCAUUAGAUAUUCUUCAUGCUGAGAGAAUAGGUCAUGGAUAUCACGUGCUAGAAGACAAUGCACUUUACAAGAGAAUUAUCGAUGAGAGAAUUCACCUGGAGGUAUGUCCAACUUCAAGUAUACUAACCGGUGCUGUGAAGCCAUGUUUCAAAACACAUCCACUUAGAAGGUUUGUAGAAGAUGGCGUGAAUUUUUCUAUUAACUCGGAUGACCCUCUCAUAUGUCAGACAAGAGUGGAUAUUGAACAAGGUGUCGCUUUUGAUCAGAUUGGGCUGAGCCCAGCGGAAUUAACACGUGCGACAUUUAACGCUGCAAGAGCUUCGUUCCUUCCUGAGAAAAAGAAACGAGAAAUUAUUGAUCAACUUAAACUAGCGCACGGGAUCUGGUGAUCUUAGAGAAAAAAAUAUACUAAUUGUUGACAAGAGAAAAUGAGGUUGAUAUAUAUUUUUGUGAUUUUCACGCAUAGAUAGAUUUAUAGUGUUUUUCAAAUAAGUCACAAAAAUUUAUAGUGAAGCUAAAUAGAUAGCUAACAAAUACGGGAAUUUAUGUGUUUGUAUUGGGUGGUGGGGUUGACGAAAGAAAUUUAACGUACUUUCUGUUACAACAGUGGUGCCGGUUCACACUGAAUAUUACGAUUUACCCUCGGAGUCUUCGUCAUCGAAUCCUGAACUGAAGUGUUAUAAGAUUUAUUAUUUGCCAAGAUCACUCAACAAAGUUUAUGCACUAUGAAAAUAUGCGUCAAACUCAGUACUUAGUAAGUUUGCUGACCAAGUUUCCUCUGAAUUGUAGUUUUGGAAAAUGCUAUCGCGAAGAUGUCAUAAAACUGUGCUGGCUUUGUGUUAUAUAUGAUUUCUUUGUGAUGCAUUUGCUGAGGAUAAUAGUAAAAAUUGUUGGUCAUCACUUUCAGUUCUUUAGCCAGGUAAAUAUUUAAAAUGUAUACCCAAAAUAGUGCAUGCUUUGAUUACAAGGAACCGGUAUGUUCCUUGAUUUUUUCAAGCAGAAAGUUUUGAGCGAUUCGGAUAGCAAAAAGCGGGAGAGUUACUGAAAUACAAAUUACUGAGAAAUUUUCUUGGUAUAACAAGAUUUGUUAUUUGCUAAUUCUUGUCUUGUGUGUCUUCAUGGAAUGUCUACUACAAAUCUGUGCCUUAUUUAUGAGAGCCAAACUUUUGAAACCAGUUUUACUUGUGUAAGAAAUAUUUGGUAUGGGGACAUUGU